AUGUGCCAUGGGGGGAGAUGUGUGGAGGAGAGCCUGACCAUCUCUCCUCUUAUCCGCAGUGUCCGGGAGCUGCCAAGGUCAGAGACGGGGAGCCAGAGAUGGAUACGCAGCGAGUACCGCAAAAACAACUUCCUGCAAGCAGGCAGAGGACUCCGUGGACACAGCACCUACCCCACGGGGCCUGGCCUCGCUUCACGAAGGACACGAGGCGGGUGUGUAAAAUGCCAGCAGACUCGCUCCCUCCAGUUGGCUGUCAAAGUGCUCUACGGCUUUUUUGCUUUCCUUAUCAUAGCGGUUGCCGUCCUGGCAUCAUUAGUGUUCAGAAAGGUUGACUACUUAUCAGAAGAGGAAUCCUUUUAUCACAAAAAGAUCGUCAAGGUCCAGGAAAGUAUUCAAGAUCUGAGUUCUACAAGCAACUGCUCUGACUGCUUUGACAUUUCCCACUUUGGAGAUGAGAUCAACAGGCUCAAAAGGGAGUUUGAAGAAAUUCAGAAAAUGAUUCUGAGUCAAGAGCAGAUACUGCACCAAGCCUCCCAAACACAGCAGAGUCUAACGGCGUCAAACAGCCGCCUGACACGGGAUGUUCAGAAUUACUCCAUGGCCAUUAAGCUUAUCAACCAGUCCCUGGAGAGGUACUUAGAUCAAGUAAAUGGAUGGAAGAUAGUCAUAACAGAAACAGACGAGUCCAUGAAGUCCCUUGUUCAAGAUCAGUAUGAUUUAAAAGCAACUGUUCAACAGGUCAACACCACAGUAGGUCUAAACUCCUUGUGGAUGGAUGCCCUUCAAAGGAAAACAAACGAAGAAACUCUGGUUUUGCAGAAAAUGACGAUGGACUGGCAGAACUACAGUAAAGUGUUGGGAGCAAUGAAGUCCAACUCGAGCACCACCAGCCAAAUGGUGAGGGGUAUUCAAAACGGCAUCUCGCUCACACACCAGAGAAUCAGCCUGAGCUCAGAGAUGGUGCACGACCUCACCCUGCAGGUCAUGAACCUGCAGAUGCAACUGGACAACGUGACCUCCUUCAUGGAUGAGCACGAGGAGAACAUGCACGACCUCCACUACCACUCCAAGUACUACCAGAACAGGACGGGCGAGAGGUUUGUGACGCUGGAGGCCAGGAUGAACUCUCUGGAGAUGGAGAUCGAAACCAUAUCCUCCAGCAUCAACGCCACCGUCAGCCACGUGCAAAGCAUGUACAAGUACAUCAACAUUGAGAGCUCCUCCUGCCAGUCCAGGAUGGGGAGCCACACGGAGGAUCUGCAGGGCCUCAACAACACUGCCCUGCUCCUCUUACACAUGACGGAGACCCUGAGGCAGCAGUACAUGCUCCUGAGCGUACGGAUGGACCUCGACGUGAGGAAUCUCUCCAUGAUAAUGGAGGAAAUGAAGCUGGUGGACACCCACCACAGCCAGCUCAUUCAGAAUUUCACUAUUCUGAAAGGUGCACCGGGACCACCAGGUCCAAAAGGCAACAGGGGGGAGGCUGGAGCUAGAGGGCCUGUUGGUCUGACGGGAAACAAAGGCGACCGUGGACUUUCAGGGAAUCGUGGGAGCCAGGGUGAAAAGGGUUUCAUUGGGCCAAAGGGAGCUCCAGGAGAACCUGGACCCUUAGGGGCUAAAGGCAGUCUGGGCCUUAAAGGGGCCAAGGGAUCUUUAGGCCAACCAGGCCCUCGAGGGGAGAAAGGUCAAAAAGGCGAUAUGGGAAUUCUGGGUAAGGACGGAUUGCCAGGCCCUAAAGGCCCACCAGGAAUACAGGGACAAGCAGGUCUCCCCGGGAUACAUGGAAUACCUGGACCCAAAGGAAAACCUGGCCCUGUUGGUCCACCAGGUCCACCUGGGCCUCCGGGCCUCCCAGGGAAUCCAGCCACUGGGCCCUGAGUGGACCACCUCACCCUGUCACAGCCUAGAUGGAAGGAGCUUCCAUCUUGUGUGUUGCAAGAUACAAAAAACUUUACAACAAGGAGGAACAUGUUGCUUCUAGUGUGGAAUUACCACCAGGGUACACUUUUAGGCUUUCGUUUUUAAGUUACUGUCUCCUUGCAAGGUGGGGUCUUGCUGGAAACUCCAUAUCUGGGCAGUAUGUACAGUAUAGCUGACUUACAAGACAUAGAAGGAACAAAAGGAAUAAGCUGUUUCAGCUGAAAGAAUGUUCACAGAGAACUUAAUGUCCUUUUUCAUAAUGAAUACAAAAAAUACACAAGGACAAGACAAAUGAACUCCCUGUAUGAAAAGUGAUGCCUCAUGCCUUAGUCAUUUGAAGCUUGUUAUAGUCAAGUGAACCUUAUUAUAUGGUAUGUAAACAUAUAAUCUGCCACUGCGGUAAUUCAAAGGUUUUAAGAUGCCACAAAGCACUUGCAUGG